AUGAAUGUGAAAACCACAAUGGAUUGUUUUAAUCAAACCUCUUCAUCAUCACCGUCGUCAUUGUGGUCCAUGGUGGGCAUUGCUGUCUUGGUGAGCUGUCUCAUCUUUGUCACCAUGGUUGGGAACAUCCUGGUGGUUAUUGCCGUGUUGACCAGCCGUGCUCUUAAAGCCCCUCAGAAUCUUUUCUUGGUGUCGCUGGCCGCCGCUGAUGUCCUGGUGGCGGCGCUGGUGAUGCCCUUCAGCCUGGCCAACGAGCUCAUGGGCUACUGGAGCUUUGGGGAACUUUGGUGCGGCGUGUAUUUGGCGCUGGACGUCCUUUUCUGCACGUCGUCCAUCGGGCACUUGUGUGCCAUCAGCUUGGAUCGCUACUGGUCUGUGACGCAGGCGGUGGAGUAUAAUCUAAAGAGGACUUCCAAGAGGGUUAAGGCUGUUAUCUUAACAGUGUGGUUGAUUUCAGCCGUGAUUUCCUCGCCACCGUUAUUGACGAUUGAGAGAAACUCAGAGAAGCAAUGCAAGCUCAAUGAUGACACUUGGUACAUCCUAGCCUCGAGCACAGCCUCCUUCUAUGCACCCUGCCUUGUCAUGGUUCUGGUCUACAUCAGGAUUUAUCAGGUGGCCAAAACCAGAACAAGAAGCAUGUCGGAGAAGAAGAAUAACGGCAUGCAAAGCAACCAAACGGCCACUGAAGACCUAGAGAGCUCCUCAUCAGGUGGGGGGAACCAGAAACAUUCCACAGGUGCCACUACCUACACCACCAACGCCAGUGCCACUGUUGCUCACAGCAACGGCGCUUACGAGGACACCAAGACCGCUUACGACGAUGCCAAGACCACAAACGAUGACAUCAAGGUCGCUGAGAGCAUUGCCACAGAGGCCGAUGCCACUGCAAAUCCUUGCAAAUCCUUCAAACUCUGUGCCUCAUGGGGCAAAUACCGCAGUUCCCAUGUCUGCAAAAAGCUAACCCAAGCUUCCACUGUCAACGCAAGCUCUGCUGGAGACUACGCCACCGCCUCUGACACGACUGCUGUGUACUCCAAUGCUGCUUAUGACGACUCCAGUUCCAAUGUUGCUGAUGGCGAUGCUGCCCAUGCUGCCCACAAUUAUGCCAAAGCCACUGGAGUCAACACUAAGGUUAUUGAUGGCGAUGGUGCCCAUGCCAGGACUGAUGCCGCAAAUGCCACAAGGGCCAAUGCCGUUGCCAAAGCUGCUCAUGCUGACACCACCAAGGCCCCUUGCGUUGAGUCCAAUGGCGCUAACGCCACCAAUGCCACUUAUGCCAACAACGCUUACUCUGACUGCACCACUGAUGCCAGCGCUGUUUCCGCAAUCGUCAAUGCUAAAGCCACCAAUGCCUACGGCACUGAUGCCGCUGCAGGCGGCAACGCCGCUGCCAACACCGUUCGCGCUGACACCACUGCUUCCACUGAACCCAACAUCCCUGGUGCCGCCAAGGCCACUGCUGUCGACACCACACCUUAUACCAACACCACCGCAAACCCUGACACCAGUGCCUCUUAUGCCAACACAGCUCACUCUGACAACAUCACUGAUGCCACCGCCAUCGCUGCAAACACCACCGAUUCCUACACUGCUGAUGCCAUUGCCACUUCUGCCAACGUCACCGCAGACACCAACGCCGCCGCAAAUCCUCGCAAGUCCAUCACCCUUUUUGCUUUGCGGAGAAAAUGUAGCAGGUCUCUCGUCCACCAAAAGCCGACCCAAGCUGCUGACACCAUCAGCGGCACCGUCACUCCUCGCAAAUCCUUCGAUUUCUUUAUCUGCUCCCUUGUCCGCCAAAAGUUAACCCAAGCUGCUGAUGCCUCCAACGAUGACGUUUCCGCCACCAACACUGCUUUCAGCAACACCACUGCGUGUGCCAACCACACUUACGCCAAGGAUGCUGCCAGCACCGACGUCACUGCGGUUCCUCGCAAAUCCAUCGACUUCUUCACUUCACGAAGAAAACACCGGAGUUCUCUUGUCCGCUGCAAGCUAACCCAAGCGCGUGAGAAGAGGUUGACAUUCGUGCUAGCCGUAGUCAUGGGCGUCUUUGUGGCAUGCUGGUUCCCGUUCUUCUUCACGUACAGCCUAUACGGCGUGUGUGGGGCUCCGUGUAAGAUCCCUGACACCCUGUUUAAGUUCUUCUUCUGGAUCGGAUACUGCAACAGUGCCCUCAACCCAGCCAUCUACACCAUCUUUAACAGAGACUUCAGGAGGGCCUUCCAUAAGAUUCUUUGCAAUGCACGGAAAACGUCCCAAAUAGCUAAAUUUACUUGAUGGAAUUGCAUAUGAAUGUUCUGAACUCCUGUUUCCAUGCGUGUUUUGAGACUGAAUCAAAACGCUCGAUCCAUGUCAUUUUAUUUAUGUGAAUUUUUUAAGCAAGUUUCUAUUGGAUGAAUUGUAUUGACUUAAAGGUGCUGUCUGUCUUUGUUAGGUACUACAAUGGGGUCGCAAACAUUUGGACGUACUACUGUAGAUGCUGUGUCUCUUCCUGCUCAGUCAUGACAGCCAAUUGUUGAUUGCUUCUCUGAGACUGCGUGCAUGUGUAUGUGCAUGAGCCCUGAGGGAGUGAAAGCCAUUAACGCCUCUCCCCCUUUUCAGGCCAAACCACAAGUCUCAUCCAGUUGUGAAGAAUAUUGACGUUUUUUGUUUUUUUUGUUUCUGUUCUCUGAAACCACUAUUGGUUAACCAUGGGUGCCGCUAGGAAUUCUUGGCCCCAAAGAAAAAAAAAAAAGAAAAAGAAAAAAAUCACAUUGGGGCCCCAUUUUUUAUUUAUUUAUUUUUUAAAUUGCCUAUUUUUUGGGGCCCCUGACUGGAAUUGUCCUCACUUUUCCCGCCAUACGCCGCCCCUGUUGGUAAAACAUCCGAGCUGGUGGUGGCGUUCUUAUAUUUUUUGGGUGAAAAAAGUGCAGUUUGGAUGAGAGAUAACACCUUUGAUAUAGUAUUAGAUCAUAUUACACAUUUAACAAAAAACUUUUUUCAAAAAAUAAAAUGAAUUCAACAUUUAACGAAAAGCUUGGUGAAAUUUCAAGUCAGGGAAUUUUAAUGAAGACAUCUUGAUUUUUAUUUUGUUUUAAAUGCAUGUUAUUUUAUUUAUUAAAUACAAUAUUACGUUUUUAAAUGUCAAUGAAUGAAUUAAAAGCAAUUUAAUACCUCACUGAAUUUAUUUGAAAAUUAUGCAUUUAAAAUGUAUUUAUGCUUACCACUACUACUACUACUACUACUACUACUACUACAGAGUACUACUUAUUGUAGGCUCAAAAACACAGUUGAGUUACAAUGAGUUACAAAAUGUGUGAUAUUGCCUUGAAAAUGCCGCAUUUUGCUAUAUUUUACCACCAAAAAUAAAAUACUUGGUUCAGAAAAACACAAUAUUUUGCAGACAAAUGUUUCCUCUUCCAUUCCAUGUUUUCUUUUUUACUCAAAAUAUAAUUUCUAAUCUAUUUUGUAAAAAACAAAACACAAUAUUCCUUGAAAGAAAACACAAGAUAGUUUGCCACAAGGGUGUCCCAUGUUGCAUGCAAUGCCACAUUUUGCUAUAUUUUCCAACAAAAAUAAUAGCUUACCAGUAAAAUGCUAUAGCUUGCCUCAAAACCACUAUAAGCACUCUCAAUAACACUUAACUCAACACAACUAUAUUUUGCUACAAAUUACUAUUAUUAUCUCAAUAAAUAUCAUAUUUUGCCCCCCAAAAAUAUGUAGUUUGCCAUUGAACUGCCAUAUUUUGCAAUAACUGGCUCAAUAACCACUAUGAAUAAUAUAGUAUAUGCAUUUUUGUAAUACCUAAGUGACCAGCAGAGCCUCAGUGAUGUUGC